AUGGCAGAUUCAACAGCCGCCCCUCCUCCCGGCCCUCCGUCCGCAGCCCUCCCUUCCUCGUUCGACUCCAAUCCCGAAUUCUUUGAAGAAAAACGUAUGGCAAAGCUAGCCCGGCGCAUACGCGAAGAACCCCUGAUUCCUCUCGGCGUCGCCGCAACAUGCUACGCCCUUUACCAGGCCAUCAGGUCCAGCCAAGUCGGGGACCACCACCGAACGAACCGCAUGUUCCGCGCGCGCAUCUACGCCCAGGGGUUCACGUUACUCGCAAUGGUGGGCGGAAGUAUAUACUGGAAGGAUGAUCGGAUGAAGCGGAAGGAGCUGGAGAAGGUGCUGGUGGAGAAGAAGGCGGCAGAGAAGCGGGAGAAAUGGUUGAGGGAAUUGGAGGAGAGGGAUCGGGAGGAUAGGGAAUGGAGGAGUAGGUUUGAGGGAGUGGCCGCGAGGGCGAAGGAGGCGGAGGAGGGAGCUAUGUUAAGGUUGGGUGCGGGAAAGGGGAAGAGGGAGAAGAAGGCGGUGGAGGGAGGUGAGGGUGUGGUGGAAGCGGUGAAGAACGGUGCCAAUCAAAUGAAGGAGAGUGUGAGGGAGGGAACCGGGCAUGGGAAGGAGAGUUUACAGGGGGCCAAGGCGGUUGCAGAGCAGGUAGAAGAGGGAGCUAAGCAGGGAAAGCAAAGUAUGAAGCAGGCCAUUGAGAAGGCUUUUCAGAACAAGACUGUACUCGAACAAGUCCAGAUUUCGGGAUGGGGGAGCGGCACGUGGUUUAUCAGAGAGGCAUGGAGGAGAAGGUGA